AAUGGGAUAAAUAUUUUAGAAGCAUGCAACUUAAUUCGAUCCUUCUCUAAUAGUAAAAUUAAAAAGUAUAACUAUGAGAGAACUGUUUGAUUGUGUAGACACAAUAGAUAAAUACUAUCCAUAGAAUUGUUAUUUGAAUUUAGAAUAAUUUGAUGAUAUAUUCGCAACAUUAACUGAUAAUUGCAUAGAUCUAUUUAACAGAUUGGCAGAUUAGACAGGAGAGGAUGGGAAAUUAUCAGUUCAUACUUUUGAAGCAUUAGCAGCAUUUGCAAUAUUUAGUGGUGAAAGUUUUGAAACAAAAUGUAUGUUUGUUUUUAGAUUAUUUGAUUUUGAUUUAUCAAAUACUUUGGAAGAAUAAGAGAUGGUAAGUACAUUAUAAUGUGCAGUAAGAGCAAUGUGUAAGAUUGCUGGAUUGGUGAUACCAACAGUUAGUUUAUUAGAGAAAUUGGGUUACGUUUGUUUCUAGAUGAUGGAUGAAGAUAAAAAUAAACAUGUUGAUUUUGAUGAGUUUUAUGAGUGGACAGUGUAAUAUGAUGAAUUAUAGGAAUUUAUGUUAUAAUAUUCAGGAACUUAAACUUAUUAGUAUGCAUUAAAAAGAAUGGUGAAUGCUAUGGAUGAAUCUGAAUAACAGUUUAAUAAAUGGUUAAGAGAAUGCAAAGCACCAUAAGUCCCAGCAAUUAAAUUAUAAUAAAAUCUAUAUGCAAUUUAUAAGGGAAUCGAUUAAUUAUCAAUUGAUACACUUUUCUAUAUGAUAAUCGAAUACACUUUAAGAUCUAAAAGUAUUGGUUAAGAAGAUACUUCAUAAUAAUAAAAAGAUCUUUGGGCUUGGAAGGCUGAUCACAAAAAAAACUAACAUUUGUUAUCAAAUAUAUCUGUAAAGAAGAGUGAUUACCUAGAUAUCAUCAGAGCUUGGAAUGUGUAUUCUAUCACAGAUGUCAAUCAAUUAUCUAUCAUCAAUAUUAAAGAUCUGAAAUUACUCAUUUGGCUUUAUGAAGACGAAGAGCCUGACUAUUUCAGAAUCAAUUAAGAAAUGUAAACUAUUGAUACUAAUCAUAAUAAUAUUAUUGAAAGAUGUGAAUGGAUGCAAUACUUAUGUUCUGAAGAGUCUAUGCAAAGAAGAUAAACUCCAUAAGUCUUAAUGAAGAAGGUCUUUGAUAACUAUGAUGAAGAAUAGUGCGGUUUAAUUCCCAUCAUCUAUAUUGAUAAACUUCUACGAGACACUUUUAAACAAUAAAUGAAAAAAAUGAAAGAUUUCAAAAGCAUUCAAAGUGUUAACAGUCUUAUACAAUAAUUGAAGGUCGAAUUUUUAAAAUAAGUUAAAAAGAACAAUCAAUCUCAUUUUGAUUGGCCAUCUUAUUAUUCAUUUUUAGUUGAAGCCACCAAAACUCAUUCAUCACUCAACAAAUUGCUUAAUUUAAAUCGUGAUUGA